UUUUUUAAGUGAGAGAACAAGGUGUUUGAUCAGACAACACACCUCACUUUUCCUCCCUCUAUAAAUUGCCCUCAUAAUCUUUGUUUCUUCACAAACUACCCAAACUAAAACCAUCUUCUUUUUUCUUGUACCCACUUCCGUUUCAGCCUACCGCAUUAUCAUCAUAAAAACCUCUUCAAUAUUCAAUUAGCCUCUUUUUUUUUUUAAAAAAAAAACCACACAUUGACAAACAUUUACAUAUAUAUUUGUAUUCCUAUAUGGCAAUGCAAUAUUCAUUCUCAGGUUGGAGCUGGAGGUUAGCGAUGGAGAUGUUGCUUGCCUUGUGCUUCCUUGUGCUUUUGCAUGCAAAUCCUUCAUCUGCUCGUUUAUUAGUGAACAGAAGCAGAGGAAUCUCCACGUCGACAAAGCAAGUUACGAGGAGAAACCUGGUCGAAAAUGGCCUCGGCCAAACACCUCCCAUGGGGUGGAAUAGCUGGAAUCAUUUUGGCUGCGACAUUAAUGAAAGUGUAAUUCGAGAAACAGCCGAUGCAAUGGUGUCAACGGGGCUUGCUGCUUUGGGGUAUCGGUAUGUAAAUAUAGAUGACUGCUGGGCCGAACUUAAUCGAGACUCUGAGGACAAUAUGGUUCCCAAUGCUGCAGCAUUUCCUUCAGGAAUUAAGGCUCUGGCUGAUUAUGUUCACAGCAAAGGUCUAAAGUUGGGGAUCUAUUCAGAUGCUGGAAAUCAAACAUGCAGUAAACGUAUGCCUGGAUCACUGGGACAUGAAGAACAAGAUGCAAAAACAUUUGCCUCAUGGGGAAUUGACUAUUUGAAGUAUGAUAAUUGUGAAAAUAAUGGGAUAAAAGCCACAGACAGGUAUCCACCAAUGAGUGAAGCUUUAUUAAAAACUGGAAGGCCAAUCUUCUUCUCUAUGUGUGAAUGGGGAUGGCAAGACCCAGCUACUUGGGCCAAAACUGUGGGAAAUAGUUGGAGAACAACAGGAGAUAUUGAGGAUAACUGGAAUAGCAUGACUACCAUAGCAGAUGCAAAUGACCGAUGGGUAUCUUAUGCUGGAUCUGGAGGAUGGAAUGAUCCUGACAUGCUGGAAGUUGGAAAUGGAGGCAUGACCACAGAAGAAUAUCGGGCCCAUUUCAGCAUAUGGGCUUUAGCUAAGGCUCCUUUAUUGGUUGGUUGUGAUAUUCGAGCAAUGGAUAAUACCACAUAUGAUCUGAUAAGCAACCGAGAAGUUAUUGCAGUAAACCAAGAUAAAGAAGGAGUUCAAGGAAAGAAAGUGAAAAGUAAUAACGAUUUGGAGGUGUGGGCAGGUCCUCUCAGUGAUAACAAGGUAGCUGUGAUCUUAUGGAAUAGAAGUUCAUCAAAUGCAACAGUGACUGCAUCCUGGUCUAACAUAGGCCUGAAACCAGGAACUAUGGUUGAUGCAAAAGAUUUAUGGGCGAAUUCUACACAAUCGUCGGUUUCGGGAGAAAUCUCUGCAGAAUUGGAUUCACAUGCUUGUAAGAUGUAUGUUCUGACUCCAAAGAGCCCUUGAUGAACAAGAGAAACCAAGAUUCAAUUUCCUAAGAGGAUACUAUACUAUACUAUACAUAAAUAGGGACAUUAAUUUUCUAUAAGAACUACCAGAAUACAUGUAUACGUAUAUGCUGAAUGCUAUUCAGCUUCUAUUUAUAUUUGCAAUAGGGGUGUUUUAACGCACUUGAUAAUAAUAUUUUCAAUACAAAUAUACAAUAAUAAACCUUUCAAUUC